UUUAUCAGAAUGUCAGCAAAAAAUCAUUUUAACAAAAUUGAUAUAAAAUAGCAAAACUGAGAAUUGUUUUGACUUAGGGCUUAUACUAAUUUAAGCCAUCUUGUUUCUCUUAGUCCGCGACAUGGAAGGAAUAUUCUAAAAUAAAAUUAAGAUUUGCACUGAGAAUUGUCUAAGAGGUGCAUCGUAAACAAAUUAACUCAGUUCCGCUUUCCCUAGACUAUAGGUGCUGUGUUUGCUGCUAAGCAAAUGCAAAUCGAUGGAAAAAAGAUUAUCAUGGGAAUAUGGGACACAGCAGGCACUGAAAGAUAUGAUGCUAUGUGUAAAAUAUAUUAUCGCGGCGCGAAGGCAGCUAUUAUUUGUUACGAUAUUACAAUGCCGGACACGUUUCAAAAAGCGAAAUAUUGGAUAAGGGAGCUGAGAGAUAUAGAGGAAGACUGUAAAGUGUACAUUUGUGCUACAAAAAAGGAUAUCUUAGAGCACGGUGCAGUUCCAUGUCCUGAGAUAGACGUUGUAGAAAGAUAUGCUGCAAGCAUACAAGCUAAAUUGUUUUUAACGUCUAGUAAAACUGGAGAAAACGUUGCUGAGCUGUUCAAUGAAAUAGCAGAAGACUUUAUGUCUGACCCAAGAAAUGUACAAAAAGUGGAGGAAGCAAUUGAAAUAAGCAAUCAGUCCAAAAGAACAAAUUGUUGUAAAUAGGUGAAACAAAUUUAAAAUUAUCAUGCGUCCCACGCUUCGUUUGGUAUUGCUUUGUACAAGUGAACAUUACAAGUGUAAAUUAAUGUGUAGUAUAGUAUAUCUCGACACAUUAUUACAUGUAAAUGUAAGAAAGACACCGCUGAAGAUUAUUUUUAAAUAUACAUUAUAUUUUACAUUCCUUCGA